AUGCUUCAUAAAAACAUCGCUAAAAGCGAGGUCUUGGAAACUAACGUGCUAGGCAAAUUUUCGUGGAGCGUUUUUGAACUGUUUCUCAACAAGAACAAUCCGGAUAACUUGCAAGUUCCCGACCAAGCACUCUGCCCUCUCCCGGUAAUACAAGGUCAAGCCGUCCCCUACAGGGGGGGCGUUGUGAAACUCACCACGAUGUCCGGUUCUAAACCAAUUCGCUGGUCUUGGCUGACAAGUCCCACUUGCUUGGCUACACCUCGCGCACGAUAG